AUGUUGAGAGCCUGUGCCUUGGAAUUCAAAGGUAGUUGGGAAAAUCACUUGCCAUUCAUAGAGUUUGCGUACGACAAUAAUUUCCAAGCUACUAUUCAGAUGGCACCCUAUGAGGCUCUGUAUGGGAGGAAGUAUAGAGCACCUUUAUACUGGGACGAGGUUAGUGAUAGCAAGCUUAUUGGGCUAGAAAUAAUUCAAGAGAUGAAGGACCUAGUCAGAGUCAUAAGAGAUAGGAUGGCAGCGGCUCAAAGUCGUCAAAAGAGUUAUGCAGAUACAAGGAGAAGAGGUUUGUCUUUCGAAGAAGGUGAUUGGGUGAACCUCAAAAUCUCACCCAUGAAUGCAUCAAGCGGUUUGGAAAGACAUGGAAGCUUAGCCCAAGAUAUGUCGGCCCAUUUCAGAUAA